UAUUCAGAAAUUUUCGUGCCAUUAAAAAGUUUCCUCUUGAAGACAAUAGCGUGAAAAGUGCGGGAUCUUAAGAGACAUUCUGCUUCUCUUGUUCUGGAUAGUCAAAAGGAUGGAGCCAAGUUAUCACAAUCAAGUUCCAAGUUUUCUCGAGAAUGCAAAAAGUCAUACGUACGAUCUUCGUCGGUGUCCGGAGUACUGGUGGAUGUUUCCGACUGAUGAAACAUUAUCUGGGACGUGCACAAUGAAAUGCAUCUACGGAUUCACGAACGUCGUCGUUCCGGAGAUGCUGCGCGCUGACGUUUCCGGGCCGGUCUUGUGCCAGUCAUCGAGACCAACGUCUGCAAUUAUCAGUUACAAAACCCCGCAUUACGAGAAGCCCCCGUAUUCCUACAUUGCUCUAAUAGCGAUGGCCAUCAAUUCGUCGCUGAAACGUCGACUGACGCUCUCUGGAAUUUACCAAUUCAUCAUGGACAAGUUCCCUUAUUACAGAGAGAAUCGGCAAGGUUGGCAGAACAGUAUAAGGCACAAUCUUAGUCUGAAUGAUUGCUUUGUAAAGAUCCCGCGAAAUAAGACCGUGGAUCACGACGAUGAUCAUACAAUUGGAAAAGGGAGUUAUUGGACGCUGGAUCCAUCCGUCAGCGAGAUGUUUGAAUACGGCAAUUAUAGACGAAGGAGAACGAGACGGCAGCGGACUUUUGCUCAAGAGAUGCAGAAGUCUGCGAGAAUAUCGGUUGAACUUUUACCCAAUUUAACAAAACGUCAAGAGAAACUUCAGCUACAAAGUAAAGUUAUUGAAAUAAAUGAAGAAAAUACCACGGUGCAAGAUACUAAAAUCGAAUAUACGAAUUCUCCAGAACCCAUUGCUAAAACAGUGACAUUUAGUAUCGACAACAUUUUACAAAAAUCUGCGAGAUAGUCGCAAAUACAGUUUCUAUUGAAAAAUGGUUUCGAUAAUA